GCGAGGGCGCGGCGGGUCCGCACCGGCAGUCCCUUGAGUCCCGCUCGUCCCGCUCGGUACCCCGCGGAGCCGCCGCCCCGGCACGGCCUGAGGAGGAGCCGCGUCCCGUCCCGUCCCGCCAACCCCGCGCCUGGGAGCCGCCAGGCUUAAGUAGCCAAAGAUGAGCCGUGGAUUGUCAGAAAACAAUAACUUCCCCUAUGACAACAACCAAAUGGUUUUGGAUAUGAUCCUGUGUUCCCUCAUUGGGUUUCCCCAGCCUAUCAACUGGGACAGUGUGGCAAGGCUGGUGCCAGGAUAUACAUCCAAAGAGUGUGCAAAAAGGUUUGAUGAGCUAAAAAGCAGUGGAAGUUCACCUGUUGACAACCAGUAUAAUUCCCUGAUGGCUGCUGGUGGGAGUCCUGUGGAAUCUUUAGCUACGUACAUCAAAUCCUCCUUGCUCGAUACACAGACAGAGUUUCAGGAGCCUGCUAUUGGGCAGGAUUCCAUUACCAUAACUGGAAGGCCCAGUGCAACCUCCACCAGGAAUUCUUCAGAAUCUGAGAAAGGUCCUGUACAUAACAGUGGAGAAAGCAGUGAGGAAAGCCAGGGGCCAAAUAUGGUGAUCCACGUGUGUGACGAAGCCAAAAACCUCCGAGAGGAUUUUGUGUGCCCCCGAGACCUCCUGGUGUCGGAAAUGAAGUACUUCGGCGAGUACCUGUCGGUGGACGCGCAGCGCUGGGAGGAGGUCGACAUCUCCGUGCACUGCGACGUCCACAUCUUCGACUGGCUCAUCAGAUACGUCAAGAGGAACACCCGAGACUCCGAGCUCAACGAAAUGCCCACUUUAGAACCAUCAAAUGUCAUAUCAAUUCUUAUUUCUUCCGAGUUUUUGAAGAUGGAUUCAUUAGUGGAAAAAUGUAUUCACUAUUGUCACAAAAAUAUGAAUGCCAUUGUAGCCACCCCUUGUAACAUGAACUGCAUCAACGCUAAUCUGGUCACACACAUUGCUGAUCUCUUCAGGCACAACGAGCUGGAAGAGCUGAAGGACAAAAGAGACAAAUUUAAGAGUAAACUUUUCUGCAAGAAGAUUGAGAGGCUGUUUGAUCCAGAGUAUGUAAAUCCAGAUUCCAGAGGAAAUGCAGCAACAUUGUACAGGUGUUGUUUGUGUAAAAAGCUGAUAACUAAAGAAACUGAGAGGAGAAUUCCUUGUGUGCCGGGAAAAAUCAACAUAGAUCAACAUGGGAAUAUUGUCUAUGUUCAUAUAAGAGACAAAACCUGGGAAGUCCAUGAGUAUUUAAUUGGCCUCCACGAGGAACUGAAGUCUUGGAGGGACGUUUACUGGCGCCUCUGGGGGACUGUCAACUGGCUGAGCUGCUCAAGAUGUAACCAAUCUUUCCUGUGCACUGAAUUCUCCCACUGCCAGUACCAUCCCCAGGCAGUUCUUUAUCCAGGUGUAGCCAGUGCUCUGGGCUCCAGUGGGACAGGAGUGUAUCCCUGUUGCAACCAGAAAGUCCUUCGGUUCGAUCCCACGACCCUCCCAAAGGGCUGCAAAGUGAGGGAUCACAUGGUUGAGUUACCGUCGGGAGAUGAGGAUGGGGAUGCUUUGCCAUCUCAGACUACUCAAAUAUUGAAUGAUCUGCUGCAUCACAGAGAUGUGAUAGUUGUUCCUUUCACUAAAGAUGAGAAUAGUGAUUCUGGUAUUGGGCUUGGUGAUGAAAAAGGCCUUGAAUGUGAUGUGCUCGUAGAACCAAACACUCCCUGGGGUCCCAAAACUGGAGAAAUCAACGCUUUUCUGUCUCUGAAGAACUGGGCUUUACAGCUGAAGCAGCAGUCACUGCUGUCUGAAGAGGAGGAGUACACCACUGGCUCAGAGGUCACUGAGGAUGAAGUGGGGGAUGAAGAAGAAGUGUGCAAGAAACCAGCAGGGAGAAAGGAGAAAUUAAAGAAAUCCUCCAGGCACCCAAAGAAAGUGCUUUCUUCCCCCAGUGUCCAGAAAAGGGAGAAACCACCUGAGAAGCCGAGUUCCCGAGAUGCAUCUCCCUUCAUCAGCGUCAGCGUGCAGCAGAACAAGUGGGAUGCCUCCAGGUCGCUGAGAUACAACCAAGAUGCUCAGAGAGAAGACGAUCAGAGAAGAAUGUCUGAGAUUACAGGGCAUUUAAUAAAAAUGAGACUGGGGGACCUUGACCGAGUCAAGUCAAAGGACAGCAAAGAAUAUGCAGGAGGGAUUUAUUCCAGGCUUGAAGCUCAGAUCAAGGCCUCGGCACAGCUCAGCGCCCGGCAAAACAACCCCGAGAAGAAUGUCAGGUCAAAAUCCCGUUUUGGGCAAGGCCGUCCCACAUAAGGAGUCAUGAGCACCCUUUGACCAGAAUUCCUUACUGCUUCCUGAAACUCCACUGCACUCUGACAUGGAGAAUGCACAUCUCUAAAAGCUUUCCAGUGACUUAUUUAUUGCUUUCAGCCUUGUAAAUUAUUUUGUGCCAUAAAUGAAUGCAAAUCCAGUAAGGUCUGUACUUAUUUUAAUUGUAAAUAUCCUAUUUCUUAAAUUUAAAUUUAAUUGCCUUUUUUUUUUCCUUCUUUUUUUUUUUUUUUAGGCUAUUGUGUUAAGUUGCACAGAAAAUAUUUUAUAAAUCUACAGAAUUAAAUUAUCAGACUAACUUUAUUUAUGGGGGAAGACAGAAAUAGGCCUUUUUGGUAUGCCAGAAAUACUGAAAAGGGGCAAAGCAAGACUACUGAGCUCUGAGUGCACUCAGCAGCAUUAACACAAAUCUCCUCAUGUAUUUACCUUGUGCAGUGUUUGAUGGCCCAUUUUAGGUCGGUCCCCUGGGGAUUUGCAUUUCCAGCUCAUGGCAAUAAUACCUGUGACUUUAGACCUGUUGAAGCGAAAUUUUCCUGCAGUUCUGAGGCUUCCUUCUGGUGUCCAUGACACAGCUCCACCCAUCUGCAGGUGGGCAGCAGGGAGGGAGGGACUAGACCUCCAGAGCUGAAAUCAGAGCCCUGGUGAUGCAGCUUUGCACCCUGCAUGUGAACCACUUUGCUUUACCUGCCGUGUGGAAUUAAUGCUCACCCUCGUUCCUCGCUCCCCUUGCGGUGUCUGGUUCCCUUCCAGCACCCAGACUUUAGGAUGCAAAGCAGUUUUAUGGAUGCUGUGCCACUAAAUAUCCAAGCAGAUCCACUGUUAAUUCUGCAUCUUGCAGCAGAGAUGUCUCAUUGCAAAGGUUUGUGCAUGCAGAGCUUUUUUUUGGGGUCUAGCUGCUCUCUGAAACCUGCCUGGGUACCUUUUUGUUCAGAAGUCAGGAGCACUUUCAAGUUCUGUCUUUGGAGCAAUAGAAUACAAGUUUGUCCAAUCCAGGGCUACCAAAAUGAAACCACUUGCCUAGAAAAUACAUGGCAUAUUAGCAAAGAAAAUGGCAAUAAUAAUAAUAAUAAUAAUAAUAACAAUAAGAAUGGCUGAAUUCAAGGAAACACAUUCUGACUUUUUGAAACAGGUAGAAAGAGCACUCAGGGAAAGCUUAUUCCAGCUCAUGGCUGUACAAUAAAUUGAGUUUGGAAUUAAGUCAGCAAGAGCCUGGGUGGGAGGAGGGUGGGGUUUGGGGUAAGGAGAGGGAGGUUGUUUAAAUGCUCUUCCCUCCAUUUGGGUUUUUUUGUUUGUUUGUCUUGUUCCCUGAUGAUUUCCAGUGGGUGUUAGAAGACUAGGAUAGCAAUACUUGAAAAUCCUGCUUUCAAGGGGGAAGAUUUUGAUUCAACCCCUUAAAAAUCAGUGUUGUUUGUGUGUUUUGUCCAAUGCUGUAGCUAAUUGGGAGCCCAGUGAAAGCAAGAGGCCAAAUUGGAUUUCAGUGGCUUUGAUUUGGGGCAGGAGUGUUUUAAUCUGCAUCAGCUAAAUCAGGUUUUGUGAAUGCCCCAGGCCUGUUUGCAAGCACUGACACAGUUUGAAGCACUUCUAGUAAACACUGGAAAACUGAUUGUGUUUGUGAAGAAAAGUCUUAUAAAAUCCACCAGGUAUGAAAAUGCAGUAGAAUAAAUGUUUUGCUACAAUUUUGGGACUUCUGACAGAGGAUUGUUCCAAAUUCCCGUGGUAAACCUGGCUGUGGAGGUUGCAGGCUGCAUGUGUGUGCGUGUGUAUGUUUAGUUUUCGUGGAACUACUGACUAAAAGAGAGAGGAAAAUUCUGCUGGUUUUGUUCUGUGGGGAAGUGCCAGUGCUGUGUGCCAGUGUUAUUUUAUUCACAAACAUUUUUGAGCCCACAAAAAUAACGUUCAUGAUGUGCAGUUUAUCUUUUUUUCCCCCCCCCCCUUGCCAACCACCUUGAAUUUUUAUCUUUGUGUUCAUUUUGAGAGUUUGUCUUGGUUUAAUGAAAAUAAACAUUAUUCAUUUAAGAA